AUGUCGUUUGCUGGUUUCCGUUCUGAGUGGACCGGAGCGAACGUGGGCCGGUCCAGCCUGAGCUCGUGUUCCAUCGAGAUCCAGUCGUCUGGCCGCUCCAUCGAGGGGCUGAUGGAGAAGGUGCUGUCCGUGAACAUCCUCUCCUCGGACUACUUCAAGGAGCUCUUCAAGUACAAGACCUACCACGAGGUCGUCGACGAGAUCUACAACCAGGUGGACCACGUCGAGCCCUGGAUGACCGGCAACUGCCGUGGGCCCUCCUCCGCCUUCUGCCUCCUCUACAAGUUAUUCACCAUGAAGCUCACCGUCAAACAGAUGCACAACCUGCUCAAGCACCAGGACUCCCCCUACAUCAGAGCUGAACAUUUUUUUACCGAUUGUUACGGUUUAGGGGGAUUUAGUUAG